CACCUGUCAAUUUGACGUUUCUCAAUAACAUUAGUUUUAAUACGAAAAAGUCGAGUGUAGACCACUCCAAUCAUUAAUUUAUAAUAAAAUUCCUUUAUGUCCUCUCUAAACACCUUUUCCAACCAAUUACAUUCACAGAUCAUAAAUUCCUGAAUACAUUGACAUACAUAACCUACCAUAAAGUAUAACUGUUUAUUUACCUUUUUUUAAGGACGAUUAUAUGUACGUUUCUGUGUUUAUGGCUCCUUAAAUCAUAAAUAUUUAAACGAAUCAUGUAUUAAAAUCGAAAAAUUAAAUUAUAAAAUAUGGCAAGUAGGUUAGAAAUUCUUUGGUCACCUAUUAAAAACAAAUUUAUAACGUGGGGCUCUGAAAUAUGUUUGUACGAAAUACAACCUUUAAAAGAUCAAUCAACUCCCUUGGUAGUUUUAUCAAAUACAUCAGGAGCAUUACUAUUAGCAACAAACAGCAAUUAUCAUUACGUUAAAUGCAUCGAUAUUUACCCAAAAUCUGACAAAGAUAUUUUAUUGGGUGUUGGACAUUCAAACGGAAGAGUAACAUUAUCUAGUUUUGGUCAAUUAGAUUAUGAGCAUCAAAGUUUUUCAGGAAAAGAAUUAGUUCCAAGACAUCAAAGAUCAUGUAAUGCUCUUGCUUGGAAUCCUGUGGAUUCUUACAAAAUCGUAGCUGGUUUAGAUAAGAAUAGAUCAGAUAGUUCCAUAUUGUUAUGGGACAUUACGAAAACUGCAAUGAUUAGUGAAAGUAGUCAUAUAAGACCUGUUUUAGAAUACGGACUUUCAGAGACAACUCAUAGUUUAGCUUGGAUUAACAGACAAGUUUUAGCAGCUGGAAUGAAUAAUAAAUCUAUUAAAAUAUUAGAUUUUAGAGAUUCAAUUAAACUUGCAAAUUCUGCAACAACAAAAGCAGUACUGGGUGUGAAUGUAAAUGUUAAUAAUGAUAAAUAUUUAGCUUCAUUCUCUGAUCAUCAAUUAAAUGUUUGGGAUACUCGAAAUUUCGAUAAACCCGUUUUGGUACUUCCCCAUGGGAAGUUAAUUUCAAAAAUAAGUUGGUGUCCUACAAAACAAAACUUACUUGGUGUUUUACAACGUGAUUCUUCCGCUUUGCAUUUAUAUGAUAUCCAACAAACCUUAAUUGAAAAUGAAGAGGUUGAACCGUCCGUUAUUGAAAGAGUUGUGACUCCUGGAACUCAUAGCAUAACAUCAUUUUCUUGGAAUCAUUCUGACGAAAAUAGGUUUUUAGCUAGUUUAUUAUCCGGACAAAUGGUUGAUUACACUGUUUAUGAUAGAAUUACACUAAAUUGGGCUUCUAAUUCAAAUUUAAUUUGGACGUGCGGCCGAAAAACAUUAAAAUAUAUCACUAAUUCGAGUGGAAAUUGUAAUAUUUUGGAUGAUAUAUCGGAAAAAAUUAAAGAUAGAGCUAAUAAAGGGUAUGGUUUAAACGAUGAGUUGUGGAGAAACGGCGAAUUAGCUAACGAUGAUUCAUUAGCAACCGUUUGGAAUUGGCUUCAUUUAAGUAAAAAGUUGGUGGAUGAAGGUGUAAUACAAGGAAAUGGUUUUAAACAUCCUGGAAUUAAAUCAGUUUUAAAAUAUGAAAAUAACGUUUCAAAAUCAGAACCCUCUUCCUUAUCAUCUUCAGAUACCAGCAAUGCUACUUCAUUAAGUACAAUGAAAUUGUUUAAACAAGAUAGAGAUAAAGCACUUCAUUUAUGUGGAUGGCAUGUUGAAAAAGAUUCACUAACAAAGUUUUUGGAGGAACUUGAAAAGAAUCACUUAUACACUAGAGCGGCGGCAAUUGCUGUUUUUCAUAAAAAUCUUAAAUCUGCUAUUGAAAUCCUUUCGAAAGGUGCUGAAGAUAGUGUUAUGGGAAAUAGUUUAAAUGUAGUUGCAAUGGCUUUAGCCGGUUAUUCUGAAGAUAAAGGUAGUAUGUGGAGACAGUUUUGUUCUUCACCAAGAACAAAACUUGAUGAUGCUUAUCUCAGAGCUAUGUUUGCGUUUUUAACUGCUGAAAAUGGAAAUUAUGAUGAUAUAUUGUAUGAAAAUGAAGUCUCAGUAAAUGAUAGAAUUGGAUUUGCUUGUCUUUAUUUAUCAGAUACGAGAUUAAAUGAUUAUUUAAAAAUAUUAACCAGUAAAUUAACAGAGGAAGGGAAUUUAGAUGGGUUACUCCUCACAGGGAAUACAUUUGAGGGCAUAAAAAUUUUACAGAAAUAUUUAGAUAGAACAAGUGAUAUUCAAACGACCGCUUUAAUAUCAGUUCGAGCAUUUAAUAGCGAAACUUUACAAGAAUUGGGGAAAGAUUGGGUUAAUAGUUACAGAAGUUUGUUAGAUUCUUGGCAAUAUUGGCAUGAGCGAGCAAAUUUUGAUAUAAUGUUAUGUAGCGAGCGACCAACUGAUAAACCACCACAACAAGUGUAUAUUUCUUGUAACUUUUGUGGCAAAAGCAUUUCUGCUUAUAUGCAAGGUUUAAAUAGAGGACGUGGAAAUUAUACAAGAAUGGGAAGUUCUAAUAAAAUAAAAAUGUCUGCUUGUCCAGCUUGUAGAAAACCAUUACCCAGAUGCGCGAUUUGUCUAAUGCAUAUGGGAACUACAACCGGUGAUCAUCUUCAAAUGGAUAAUGAUGGAAUGAAGGUUGCUGAUUUUUCUCAUUGGUUCACUUGGUGUCAAACUUGUAGACAUGGCGGUCAUGCUUCUCAUAUGCUGCAGUGGUUUAAAGAACAUUCUGAAUGUCCUGUAACAGCAUGUACUUGUAAAUGUUUCUGCGUUGAUACGUUGUAGAUAUAAAAUUAAUAUUAUAAAUAACUUGAAAAAUAUUGUAACUUGUACAAAAAGUAAAUUGUGUUUCAAAAUAAA